AUGGCCUGUGCACCCAGCAAUGUGUUAGGCUUUUCAAUUUCCCCAGAUAUACCAGACGACCGUUCCAACAUAUUCUCAAUGGUAUGGCAAGUACGAGCAGGCCAUGCAGCUGCCACAGAUAGCAUUGGUGAUGGAGUACUGCACCAGAUCCUUGAGACGGCAUUAAUGCUCUGUGUUUCAUGGAAACCUGAGUGUUCUGGUGAUGAUGGUGGCGAUGAAUUAAUGGAAGAUACUGAUGGGGAUGCCUGUGAAACCUUGGAUGAUGAAUACAUCGCUCUGAAGCUAUCGCGCUUUCCUUCUGAUGAAAAACUUGAUGCUUUAUCUGCUCUCAGACACCUAUCUGCUAUCUACAUGUUGAAAGUAGGCAAUGGCCCAGAUCCAGUCUCUCCAGCGCUCCUCAAAUGUGCUGUCAACACCAUUGAUUCCAUCAUUGAUAUGCCCUGGCUUCAACAUAUGUUCAAAACCCUCGCACUGACACUUGCUAUGUUGCCAGCUGAACAUGGUGGACCCAUGCCUGAGCAGCCUGGAGAUCGCAUCAAACUAGUGCGCAUUUUUCAAGCCCGCAUGGACUCAUCUUCUUUGUCAUCCCAUUCGAAAGGAAUAAUCAAAGAUAUAUUCAACAAACGGGUAACUGCUGAUGCCCUAAUUCCACUCCUGCAGUUUGAGGGCUGUGGACACCCAAUAGAUCCAUCAUUUGCUGGACUUGUUGAUUCAGAUGAUACCCCAGACCAGCAUUAUCGUGCACGUAGGUUUGUCAAGGUUUUGAGUGGCGUCAAUCUCCUGCCAUCAACUGGCUGCACAUUCAAGAUCAACCUCGUUCAGACAGUACCUGAGGCAGCCACAUUUGGCCAGCAGUACAAUGUAAAGUCCUUGAAUCUCCACACCUCCCUACUGAAGCUGAGAUAA